AUGUCAUUCACAUCCGUGCCGAUCCUAGACCUGGCGCAAGCCCACGAUCCCAACACGAAGCCGCAGUUCCUGGCCGACCUGCGCCACGCGCUGAUGGAAGUCGGCUUCCUAUACCUAGAGAACGUCGGAAUCCCAGAAGAGUUGUGGCGGCAGGUCAUAGCUGAGGGCAAGGCCUUCUUCGACAUACCGCAGGAAGAGAAGCUGAAGAUAGAGAUGAAGAACGCACCAUCGUUCCUAGGCUACUCGCAGCUCUCGGCCGAGAUCACAGCCGGCCAGACGGACCAUCGCGAGCAGAUCGACCUGUCGACCGAGCACGCCGUGCCGGCGCCGGACGCGCUUCUCUACGAAAACCUGCUCGCGCCGAACCAGUGGCCGUCGGCCGCGGUGCUGCCCAACUUCCGCCGGGUAUACGCCGACUACAUCAACCGAAUGGGCGCCAUUUCGAUCCAAUUCACGUCGCUGAUCGCCGAGGCCAUCGACCUGCCGGCCGACGCGUUCAACCGCUACUUCGAGGCCGACCAGCAGCACAAGCUCAAGAUCGUCAAGUACCCUGACCUGGCGGAGCUGGGGCUCGACGGGGAGGGCGAGGGCCAGGGCCAGGGCGUCGGCCCGCACAAGGACAGCAUGCUCACCAGCUACCUCCUGCAGGCGAGCCGGCACAGGGGGCUGCAGGUCCAGAACAUGCAGGGCCGGUGGAUCGACUGCCCGCCCAUCGACGGGACGCUGGUCGUGGCUAUCGGACAGGGCAUGGAGGCGCUCACGCAGGGUGUCUGCUGCUCGACGACGCACCGGGUGCUGUCGCCAAAGGCCGGGGACGGCGCGAGGUUCUCGAUCCCCUUCUUCCAGGGCGUGCGCGGGAGUUCGACGUUUGAAGAGCUGGAGACGAUCGGCGUAGGUGAUGUGCCCGAGGCUGUCAAGGAGCAGAGGCGGAAGGUCAUAAAGGCGAACGGCGGGCGCUUGGACGAUGUCGAGUUCACGUUUCGGAGCGGUGGUGUCGCAAAGACGCUGGGCGAGGCUACACUGCGCAACCGGGUCAAGAGCCAUCCGGACGUCGGCGAGAGGUGGUAUCCGGAUAUCCUGCGGAACAUUCGAGAACAGCAGGCUCAGGAAUCGCAGGACCGGGCUCGAGCCCCGAGUUCCGCUUCUGUCAAAGGCGAGGCUGUGAACGUUAGUAGACAGACGGUCGAGGCACACUGA